UGCUACUGAGGAACUAUACUCCCCUUUUCUUGAAGUACUUGACUGAAUGCACGUAGACAUACAACUUCUGAUAAUGUUUUGAGCAGCUAUUCAGAGCAGUAAAUCCCAUCGACCACUGCACACUGAGGGUGUUUUCUCCUACAAAUGGCCACCGUCGUAUUUUGCUCAGUAAACAAAACGGCUCAGACUACGGUGAAACGAUGUUUGAGUUCACAUUUAACGGGACUUGCUAGGGCAGGAGUGUUGCAUUCCCAGUUAUCCUCCACUCACAGCCCGCUAGUGAAUUUGCUUCCGGGGACAAGAUGGUUUUCAAGAGGUGUCGGAGUAAGAUUUAUGUCCCAUGGGACCGCAGGAAGAUCCGCAGCUGGUAAGACCAAAAGAGGAGCCCUGGCGCUAAGUGGAGCCGCAGCGGUAACAGCAGGGUUCUUGGCCAACACUAACCACUUCCAGCGUGCAGAGAUGGCGACGAGAGUUUCCAAAGCCACUGAGGUGAAUGAUCAGGAAGGGAGCAUCCUGGAAAGAUGCCGGGGGUUCAUGUCUCCUCCCGUGACCGACAUAAGCGUGCUACAGGGGAGGAAAGAUGACAUGCGUACGAGGAUGGAGAUGUUAAUUAUGGAGACGCAGGCUGAGUUCUGCAGAGCCCUGCAGGAGGUAGACGGUGGGAAGUUCCAGGUGGACCGGUGGGAGAGGAAGGAAGGUGGUGGAGGAAUCAGCUGUGUGAUGCAGGAUGGAAAGGUGUUUGAGAAGGCCGGGGUAAAUGUGUCUGUGGUGUUUGGAUAUUUGACUGAGGAAGCCGCCAAGCAAAUGAGGAGCAGAGGGAAAGUCCUCAAGGGGAAAGAUGGUAAGCUGCCUUUUUGCGCCAUGGGGGUGAGCUCCGUUAUCCACCCCAAGAACCCCCACAUCCCCACAGUGCACUUCAACUACAGAUAUUUUGAGAUUGAAGAGGAAGAUGGCACUAAGCAGUGGUGGUUUGGUGGAGGAACAGACCUCACUCCAGUUUAUAUUAAUAAAGAAGAUGCGUUUCACUUCCACAAGACCCUGAAGGACGCUUGUGACAAGCACCACCCGCAGUACUACCCUGACUUUAAGAAAUGGUGUGACCGAUACUUCUACGUCCGCCACAGAGGAGAGACUCGGGGAAUAGGAGGGAUCUUCUUCGAUGACCUGGACUCCCCAAGUCAAGAAGAGGUGUUCAACUUUGUCAAGAGCUGUGCCCGCACUGUGGUGCCCUGUUAUCUGCCCAUUGUAUCCAAACAUCUCAAUGACUCGUUUACUGCUGAGGAGAAGGACUGGCAGCAGAUACGACGAGGCCGGUAUGUGGAGUUCAACCUAGUGUAUGACAGGGGAGUGAAGUUUGGCCUGGCAACACCUGGCUCCAGAAUCGAGAGUAUCCUCAUGUCCCUCCCUCUCACUGCCAAGUGGGAGUAUAUGCAUGAGCCUGCCAAAGGUACCCAGGAGGCUGAGAUGCUGGAGGUGUUAAAAAACCCCAAGGAGUGGGUGUGACAGCAGCGUUCGCAUGUCUACGUGUCAGUAUGCACAAAAUAUGGGUCAAUACUUUUAUCUCUUUUUCUUUUGGUGUUUUGUCAGAUCGGCCCUUUUAGCACUUAAUCACAUGGGAGUGUAAUAAUGAGACACUGGUGUGAAACAUAAAGCCUCAGGUGUGUGCCAUUGCUUACUGCCUGGCAGUGUACAGAGAGACCAAAUGGUUGUAACUUCACAAGUGGUCACUGUACCUGCUUUUAAGCCAUCUUAUCUUGGUGAUGUGCUCUUUUUAACAAGUACUUUUAGCUCUGCACUCUUCUACUUUUUUACACAGCACUAAAAAGGACAAUGGGGCAAACUGAGCCAUUAUACCUGUAUGUUUGUACAUGUGCUACACUGGGAUCUUCAUUAAAUGUGAUUUUGAUUUUUAAAUACAUAUGCUGACAACAAUGGGUUAUUUUUGACUAUCAAAACUGAAUAAUAAGAAGGAAUUUCACACUUGAGCCACAUUUAAUUACAUUGGGGUUGAUUUUCAUUUGUGAUUGAAUCAAUUGUUGGUCUUUUGAACAGCAGUAAACAAUCUGGAUCCUGUUCCAGAGAAAGGAUAAAUGAGUAUUACAGAUGAGUUGGUUCCUUUUUGGGCAGGACAACUGUUUUUAUAGGUAUUAAAAACAAU